GUGAAAAUCACUGUUCUUCUUGUUGAGUAGUCCCCUUCAUUCCUAGUUGAAUGUAUGCCUGGGUAAUCACAAAGACCUGAUUUCUUGAUGUGAAACUGUCGACAACUUCCCACAAAAUAUUUUCCAAAAAACUUGACGAAUUCUCCGACAGCUCAUGGCGACGAGAUGUUCUUCCAUGCAUAGACGCUCAAGAAGUGAUCCGGUUCUUGGGAAAUCUUCAAAUGAAUCUGAUAAUUUCCAGUUGAGAGAAAUCGGACAGCUGAAAUGUUUGGUGAAACCGAAGAAGAUGCAGUUUCCGAAGGUUCCAAGUGACGAGCAGCUCCGAGGAGAAGAGGCGUUGGUACGAAGAGAGAUGGAGAAGAUGCUUCGACACAAAUUACUAUUCUCAGAAGAUUCUAGAAACGUAGAUUCAAUCUCGAAGAUUAAGGAUGCUAACGAAUUAGUGAGAGAAAUAACAGUUUUGGAGCUGCAAGUGAUGUAUUCGGAGAGAUAUCUCCUCUCCUUGUACCGGAGAAUCUUCGACCGAACUGUCGACAACCCCGAAUCCGAAGAAGAAAACUCAAAUUUUCUCGGGUCGGAACUCGCCGGAUCGCCGGAAAACUCUGUGUGCAAUCCGCAAGAUGUUCUAAAAGAUUCGGGGAUCUUUCGUAGUCACUCGUCGUUGUCUCAUCGUUCUUUUAGAAUGUCUCCCAAAGCCGAGGAAUUCUACCACCAGUCCCUCCCGUUCUCGAUGCUCGAGCAAGCCGAUAUCGAUGCGGCGAUACAGGAAGAACAGGGAAACGUUUCCAAAACGCCGAAUCAUCUAUCGGAGGAGAUGAUUGAUUCCAUCUCGUCCUUGAUCUAUCGACUCGCCGAUCUAAAUCCGACCAAUAAGCAAGAAUUCUCUUACGACCCUUUUCGCGGGAGAGAAGUUACGAACCUCGGUCGCCCUUACGAUAACUUAUGGGUCGCGAAAUCGAUACGUAAAGACACCGAGAAGUUAGCAGAAAUCGAACCCCUUCUGAAGCAUUAUAGGUCACUCGUUCACCAGUUGGAAAGAGUGAAUAUAGGGAAACUGAAUCAUGAAGAGAAGCUCGCUUUCUGGAUUAACAUACACAAUUCCUUGGUUAUGCACGCAGUUAUUUUCCAUGGAACUCCGAGAAGCAACAUGAAAAGAGUAUCCCUAAUGCUGAAGGCAGCGUACAACGUUGGAGGCCGAAGUCUCAACCUUGAUACAAUUCAGACUUCGAUCCUAGGUUGCCGCGUGUCUCGUCCAGGACAGCGGUUCCGGUUCUUGUUUCCUAUGAAACCAAAGGGUAAAUCCGGAGAUUGGAGAAAAAAUUACGCAAUAAAUCGGCCGGAACCUCUCCUGCAUUUCGCGCUUUGCUCCGGAAACAUUUCUGAUCCAUCAGUUCGUAUGUACAAACCCAACAACGUGAAGAAAGUGUUAGAGGCCGCUAAAGAGGAAUACAUAAUAUCAAACAUCGGUUUCACCAAGGACAAGAAGAUUCUUCUUCCAAAGCUCGUCGAGUCGUACGGAAAGGACUCUGAUUUGUGUCACUUCGGAAUCGUCGAAAUGAUAGAGAAUUCUCUGCCUUGCGAUGCAAGAGAUAAGCUCCGGGAGUGCCGGAACAGCAAAUCCUGGAAAUUCUCCAUCGAAUGGGUCCCUCAUGACUAUGGAUUUGGUUUGCUUCUUCCACAAGAAAUCGCCUGAUCGAAUCUGAGUUGUACAUGUACCGUGCGGUGUAUUGUAAGGAUUUCUUUUGUUUUUUUUUAAUUAAAUGGUCUCUGUAAUUACUGAACCAGAAUCAUAUCAUUAAACCAAGUUUUUGGUCCGA